AUGCCGCCAGGAAAGGCUGUGUGGGCCAAGCUGGUGUAUCCUCAUGACUUCAGACUGACAGAGAAAGAGAAAACGAGUAUCUGCUACUUGUCCUUCCCAGACUCCUACUCAGGUGGCCUUGGGGACACCCAGUUCAGCUUCCGCCUGCGGCAGUCGGGGGGCCCCAGGACCUCCCCGUUCCAGGACGACGGCCGGUACAACCGGGAGGCCCCCCUGGCGCUGCAGCGCGAGGCCGCUCAUUACUUCGGGUACGUGUACUUCAGACAGGUCAAGGACAGCUCCAUGAGGAGGGGGUACUUCCAGAAGUCCCUGGUGCUCGUGUCCCGCCUGCCCUACGUGAACCUGUUCCAGUCCCUGCUCCAGCUCAUUGCCCCGGAAUACUUCGACAAGCUGGAGCCGUGCCUGGAGGCAGUGUGCAACGAGAUCGACCAGUGGCCUCCUCCUGUGCCAGGCCAGACCCUGAACCUGCCCGUGAUGGGAGUUGUCAUCCAGGUGAGGAUCCCAUCCAGGGUGGAUAAACCAGGAUCAAGCCCAGUGAAGCAGUUCAAUCAAGAGAAUCUGUUACCAGCCCCACUGGUUCUCCCCAGUGUCCAUGAGCUGGACCUGUUCAGUGUCCUGGCCCCGCUCCGGUACUGCUGCGAUUUCCGGCCCUACUUCACCAUCCACGACAGCGAGUUCAAGGAGUACACGACCCGCACUCAGGCCCCGCCGAACAUCGUGGUGGGCGUCACAAACCCUUUCUUUAUCAAAACCCUCCAGCACUGGCCGCACAUCCUGCGGGUGGGGGAGCUCAGGAUGUCAGGUGACCUGCCCAAGCAGGUGAAGGUGAAGAAACUGGCCAAGCUCAAAACCCUGGACACAAAACCAGGAAUCUACACUUCUUAUAAAACAUUCCUUCACAAAGACAAAUCCCUGAUAAAAAGAUUGCUAAAGGGCAUCCAGAGGAAACGUCCCUCCGAGGUGCAGAGUGCCCUGCUGAGGCGUCACCUCCUGGAGCUCACCCAGAGCUUCAUCAUUCCCCUGGAGCACUAUAUUGCCAGCCUGAUGCCUCUGCAGAGAGCCAUCACUCCCUGGAAGAACCCUCCCCAGAUCCGUCCCUUCUGUCAGGAGGAUUUCAUGAAGACCCUGGAACACGCUGGGCCCCAGCUCACCUGUGUGCUCAAGGGGGACUGGUUAGGCCUCUACAGGCGUUUCUUCAAGUCCCCGAACUUCGACGGCUGGUUCCGGCAGCGGCACCGGGAGAUGACCCACAAGCUGGAGGCCCUGCACCUGGAGGCCAUCUGUGAGGCGGGAUAA